AUUCAACCCGGAAGUAAUUUUUCAUAAUCAUUACAAAUAUGACUUUAUUAGACUUCAAAAUGAAGAUAAAAUUAUAAAAAUGCGCGCUGUAUAUAUAUGAUAAAAUAGACGUAAGUAAAAUAAGAGAAAAAUACAUUUAUAAACAUCUCGCGCUAAACGAGAUCUCGUUUUCAACAUGGAGGACACCGGGUUAAAUCUUUUUGAAAAAUACAGAUAUUAUUGAAUUAAUGAUGGCCACGCGGCCCAGGCUAAUAUUUAUAGCAUUGAUAGUAUGUGCCAUACUAUUUUGGACAUUAUUAGGCAUAUUUGAUUUCAUCAAGGUGGAAAUCGACCGAAAUAUAGAUGGUCAUGUGCGUAGUAAUUCUCCUCCGUUUCCAGACGACAGAUUUCAUCACUUAUUUUGGGUUGUCCAGAUAUCUGAUAUUCAUGUCAGCAGAUUUCACGAUCCCAAACGAGUACCAGAUUUUACAAGAUUAUUAGAAGAAGAUCUGAAAGUGAUUGAUCCUCAUUUGGUGCUUGCCACAGGAGAUCUCACUGAUGCCAAGAGUCUAGAUGGGAUAGGCUCCACACAGUACAAAGAUGAAUGGCAGCAGUAUAGAGAUGCCUUACAAAAAUCUGGGGUCCUUAAGUGGACUAAAUGGCUAGAUGUCAGAGGAAAUCAUGAUGCAUUUAAUGUAGCGGAAUUGAAAAGUGAUUCAAAUAUGUUCAGAACACAUUCAGUGAAGGGCCGUGAAGAGCAAUACAACUAUAUAGAAAAUGUGCAUAUAGAUGGCAGCACUUACAGCUUUGUUGCCAUGGAUGCAUGCCCAAAGCCUGGACCAAAAAGACCUUUCAACUUCUUUGGAGUCUUAUCAAAUGAAUCUCUGACAGAAUUAGAGGAACUAUCCAGACAGACUAAGAACAGCAACAUGACAAUCUGGUUUGGUCAUUACCCCACAUCAGUCAUUGUUAGUCCAUACCCAGGUGUUCGCCACUUUAUGAGAGGAGCAACAGCCUACCUGUGUGGCCAUCUACACACAUUAGCAGGUCUUGUUCCCAACAUGUACACCAUGCAGAAGUCUGGGGGCCUGGAAUUAGAGUUAGGAGACUGGAAAGACAAUAGAAAGUUCAGGGUGCUGGCCAUUGACCAUGAUCUGAUGUCCUUCACUGAUGUCAGUCUGGAUGAUUGGCCCAUCAUUCUAGUCACCAAUCCCAAGCACGCCCUUUUUACUACUCCUCUACAUGAGCCAACUGGCAGGAUACGUCAAUCAUCACAUAUAAGGAUACUAGUCUUUUCAAAUAGUGAUGUUGAGAGUGUCACUGUCUCUCUUGAUGGAAAAUACCAUGGACUAGCUGUUUCUUCCUGGAAACCGUUAUAUGUGCUACCAUGGCAACCAUCAGAUUUCUCAACUGGAGUACACGAAAUAGAAGUAACAGUAAAAGACAUUCUUGGCAAUGAGAAGACCAUAAAACAGCCAUUCUCUGUGGACAAUACCAAGUUAUCAUUUGAUGUGCUUCCUAGGAUGAUACUCAUGGCCAACAUGGCUUCAGUGAUGCAAGUGCUGUUUGGUGCAGUGUACAUAGUUUACAUGUCUGUCAUGUUGACCCUGAGGUUCUACUGGAGACACAUAGCUAUCAGUGCAAGUCUUCCAAGCUGCCUAGUGAACUGCCUCAAGGUUUGGUCAACAAGGCUCUGUAUGCUGGCUAACACUGACAAGAUCUUUUAUCCAUUGAUGAUAUUCAACAUUUACAUUGCAGUUGGUAGUAAUUGA